UGCGUUGUCCGUGAAGGCAGCGUGACACGGAUGUGAACGGGUUGUUUUGAGGAGGCGUGUGUUCGACGCGGCGCUCAGCAGGAUGAUUCAUUAACCCUGAUUUCAGCUGAUAUAAAGUACAAAGGACAAUACCUGCUGAAGAGUUGACAACGAGCAGCUCUACAUGAUUGGUUUGUGUUAAAAAGCCAUGUCGAACACUGCGAGCAACAUGUGCCUUUCUGGUGAAGCCGCACUGAGGAGAAUGGGAAACCGAAAGUGGAAAAACAAGCGGUUUUAUAAAAACAAUCAACACAUGGAGCGAAAGGGAUUUCAGGAAGGUACACAGCCCAGGAGACCGUUCAGUCAGGACCAGACUUUAUGCCACAAUGGAGCGUGCACAGAGCCUCCGCAGCCUGCCUACGCACAAAGCAAAAGUUUGCCCCACCCAAGUAGUGCUUUGCACUGUAGCUCCAGGUCUUCGGCAGCCACACUCAACCAGCAUUCCUGGACUCCAACUGUGAACAGCGAAGGAGGCCACAAUAAGCCAAAGGAACCUGUGAGCCCAAAAUCAUCAGCCGCCAACCCUGGCCCAUCAGGAUCAAGCUGCCAUAAACCCGCUGCCACAUCCGAAACAAUCCCCACCAAGUACCUCGCUAUGGACUGUGAGAUGGUGGGUGCUGGACCAAAAGGGCACAUCAGCCAGCUCGCACGCUGCAGUUUAGUGUCCUUUGACGGAGACAUUGUUUAUGAUAAAUUUAUCAACCCUCCCAUGCCCGUUACUGAUUAUCGCACCCGAUGGAGCGGCAUCCGGAAAAGGGAUCUUGUCAUGGCCACGCCGUACUCAGAGGCCCGGAAGGAGAUACUGAGGAUGCUGAUGGGGAAGGUGGUGAUUGGCCAUGCUGUGCACAAUGACUUCAAGGUCCUCGGUUACUCUCACCCCGCUGCCUUGACCAGAGACACGUCGCGGAUCCCUCUGCUCAACCUGAAGGCUGGCUUUGCUGAGCACGAGUGUGCAUCACUGAAGAGACUCACCAAAGCCAUUUUUAACCGCGACAUCCAGACUGGGAAGAAGGGUCACUCGUCUGUGGAGGACGCUCGAGCCACCAUGGAGCUUUACAAAGUGGUGGCGGAGGAGUGGGAGAGGACGCUCGCCUCCAAAUUGUAGGGAAGGUUACACCAGGUCUGCGGAGAAGGAAUGGACAUGAAACUGAGUUUAAAUGUACAGUAUGGUAAGGCAGGUAUGUGAUCUGAACAGACUGACUCACUGCAGGUUUAUACGCUCUGCCCCCUUCAAGUGUCCUGUUGACAUGUGAAUGCAGAAGCCAGGAAAAAUGAGCCUGCUCGGUCAGAGAACUGGAUAAGAAGAACAUGGACAACUGUUGAGUCAUACACUUUGGAGUGACCUCCAGUUUCAACGGACAGAUUCUUUCUCAGGAUUCCUAGUGUUUAAAUGGUGCAUCUGCCACUAGGGGGCAGUCAUAUAUUCAUUCCAGCAACAAAAGUACAUCAUUGAAACGGAAUCCGAUAGCAAACACCCAAAGACAGAUUGACAAAUCAGAGAAGCAGUUCAGUUUUUUAACACAGUCAUGCUCUUCAUCUUCUUACCAUUCCAGCCCUGAUGAAAAAUCCCUUUCAAGUCGAUCCAAACUGCUACUAAUGGAGAUUUUUAUGGUUUUUAAUUGUCUUUAAGUGAAAAUGCAAGACAAUACUGGUGCAUUAUUCAGCGUUGAUCAGCCAGUGAUAUUCUUGAGGGCCUAAGCCAGGAUUUUAGAAAACACUUGAGGUCAUGAGUCCUGCAUGAAGGAUUAAUUCAUAGUUUUUUGAAUAACCAGUAGUUUCCAGAUGCACAUUAUAAAGUGACUAAAUGUCAAUGUAAUUGUUUGCUUUUUUAAAUACACGCAUGGACAUACAUAAAGCAUGCGUCAUUUAACGAGGCUGUUAGGGAUGUAUACUACAUAUAAAACAUAAUUUUACUAGAAUGUCACUCAGUUGAGCUCAGACCUCCACCAAGGCCCAACAGUCCUCUUGUUAAACCAUAUUUUCUGCAAAAUUCAGGGUUUUGAAAUUUCAUUUGAAAAUGUAACAAAAACGUUCUCUCUCACAAUGUAAAAAAAAAAAAAGUCAUAAAAAACAUCCCUGGCUCCGCCCCUUUGUCCACACCAAAAUGUAAAAGAUUCUUUCUUGGUCCAUAUUCCAUCCUUCCACCAAGUUUACUGGAAAUCUGCUCAUGAGUUUUUAAUCCUGCUGACAAACAAACAAAUCAAUGGACAGGAGUGAAAACACGACCUCUUGGCAGAGGUAUUAUGCCCACAAACACCACAGGAUCUAGAACAAAGCAGCAGGAGGUUCACAAUUCAAAAUCAGAAUUGGUGUAGUCACAGAUCACUAUCCUGGCUAAUUAUUUCCAUGCUGAUUUCCACCUAAAUUGUAAAGAUGGAGAAGGUUUUAAAUCCCCUUAAAAUGACGAGGACGUGACCUCAGCGGUAGCUACGGCCCUAAUGACUGUCUUUUAUAAAAACUCAUACUCAUCACAGUGAUUUCCUCUGGUUUAACUGAGCCCUCUCCUACGGUCACAGCCAAUCUGCAGUUUUUUUUGGAAUAUCUAAGUGCUUACAUUGGGAGACGCCACUUUCCUAUGCAACGUUCAGUCGUUCGCUGCAUGUUCAGCUCGGUGCUUUAGUUUUAAUGUCAAUAAACAAUCACCGCUUUCAUUGUGAGGUGUUACAAUACCUGCAGUGAAGAAUAUCACUCACACAGGACCUUACACUGUGAGUUUGACUUGAGAGGAAAUUUGAUCUAAUGCUCAAAUUAACACAACAGGAAGCAUUUUAUUAUUUUUCAAACUUCCAUUACGUACACUUUGGCCUUUCACAACAAACUUCCUUUUUUGGACGAUAUAAUGUUUAUUGUGAUAAACAAUUUUUUUGCUGCUGAAUCGUGUGAGUUUGCAGUUAAGGCCUAUUGGUUGUUGUUGCUCUUCUACAUUAUUUGUGUUGCUGCUGAGAGAAAACCUAUCUAAACCAGUGAGUCUCAAUCUAAGGGUGUCUGAACUCCGCAGGGUCACACGAUAACUUUGGUUGUGAAGAAAAAAAUACUACAAUAUAUAUUUUAAAAAGAAAAAUUUUAUACUAGGAAUUACUGCAUCAUUCACUAGCGGUGGCACCAGCAACCCAACCCCUUCGCCGAGAAAAGGGAACAUCGGGGCCAAAAGAAAAAAAUCAUUAUAAACAAGGCAUUAUUAUGGAGAUGUCCCGAUCAAAUGUUUUUACCCCCGAUCCGAGUCAUUUAAUAUUCAGUAUAUGCCGAUAUCGAGUCCCGAUCUGACACUUGUAUGUUCCCAUAUAAUACAGUUGCACAGUUCACACUUCAAGUACAUAAAAGUUUUUAAAAAAAUCAAUCCAAUGUAUAAGCUUGGCAAUUAUAUUGCUCUGCAAUGCAUUAAGAAAGUGAAGUUCAGCCCUGCACGCGUGGAGAAGAAAUGCUUCCUCGCAAGUCUGUUUUACGCUUGUGUUUCAGGUCUAGUGUGUGAAGUUCUGUGUGAAACAAAGGAUCAGGCCUAGGUUUGUGCUGAAAAAAGCAGAACCCGACACACAAAAAAGAGAAAUAAAUAUAACGUUGAUUUCCAGAACAAAUAAAGCAGAAAACUUUUGCCCAUGGUCUUAAAUGAAAACAACCUUCAAGUCAUGCUAAUCAAAUAAAAUCUUAAAAUAAAAUUUAAUUAAAGUGCAAUAUGAGGCAUGAAUCAGUCAGGAGGGAGAGAUGUUCACCGUCUUGCUGCGAGAACAACACCCUCACUUUCCCCAACAAUGAUGCAAAAGACACACCAAGACUUCUUCUUUAAAAAAUGUUAUUAGGUCAAGACAGACUGCAACCGGCACAUUAACAUCUACAGCUAGUCUCUCCCUCGCUGGGUGGAGCCAUGCUCACAUCACACGCGCUCUCUCUCACUCUCACACACACAGCUCCAUUCCCGACAGGAGUAUUUACAGCCAUUGCUUUUCAACCAUCCCAGUGGAUGCGGGUGGCUUCUGUAGGUCUUCCGUUCCAGUAGCCAUGAUGACUAUGAUCCGUGUUGAUAUUAAUAUGCCUCGUUCACGUGAACACACAAUUUCCUUCAACAUCUCUUGAUCAUUACAUUUUUACUGCAGUUCUCUGCGUCGACAUUAGGGAAUUAUUACGCUACUUUAAAAAGUAACCCUUUUAAAAAGUAAAACUAUUUUACGCAUUAUGGUUAAACUUUGCAAUUAAUGUAGCUGGGGAUUCGUACUGUGAUCCGUUACACCACUAUCCGUAAUGAUCUAAAAUGGCAUGUUGGAAAAUCGGUUCUCUCUCAGCAGCAGGGGGCUGAUUGUUAUGGAGGCCUAAAGUGGCCUAAAGUUCAAGCAUAUAGUAACACCACACUUUGUUAGCUGCGCCUCUGACACGGAGCAGACGAGAGGAUAGAAGCAGCGACUGGCUGGAAUUUUGUUGACAUUCAUUCUUAUGUCAACAUAACGUAAUUAUCAUUACAGGCCUACAUACUGUACGCUUGUUUUAUCUUCUUGUUUGUCAUUUAGGCUACAUCCACAUUACUGCAUUUUAGUUUUUACAACUAAUUGCUGCUCCAGCUCGUUGUCGGCCCAGGAAAAGAAACCCCUCGUCUUACUUUUCAAUGUCGUUGUUUCUCAUUUGUAUUUUCUGUAACCAAGCAACUCUGCAGUAGGCGAUUGCAGAGUAGUCAAUCUGCCUCCUAUUUACAUUGGCACAAACAUGCCCAGUGUACGUGACAUGACAUAACUUUCCAGGUGUUCUAGUAUAGACGAGGAUUAAAACUGAUGCAGAGCGAAAAUGCUCGCCUGAGUUGUUUUUGCUUUAAAACAUUGUUUUAAAAUGAAAACUCUAGUAGAAUGGAUGUAGCCUUAGACAAUAGACGAUACAACUGUUAGUUGUCUCAGUUAAUUGUACUGAAAGGUGCGACCAAUAUUUUGUCCAUCUAAUUUAUAUCAGUGAGGGCAACUGUACCUUUCAGUAUGAUGCAAUAUAGUUCACCAGCACCAUGAACUACAGACCCUGUGCCUUAUCAGCACCUCACGUGAAGGUAGCAUUCAUUGUAGGACUGUUGUAUUAGACUGAAUUAAUUUUUCCUCCUUGGUUAUCCCUUUUUAAAAAAAAAACGUGUGUAUAACUGUGUUGAUAUAACAUUAGAUGUAUGUCAAAAAAAACUUCUGAGAUUUUGGUUUAAACAUUUGUUUUAUUUUUUGUUUUAAAAGAUGACUUGUUUGGUCUUCUCAUCCACAUAAAAAUGACUUUUGGAUCCUGUAAA